UGCAACUCCUAUUACUCAUGUCCCUGGACUUGAGUAUCUCUCUCCCCUGUCGGAAAAUUGCGACAGUAAAGGUGGGAAAGAGGACCUCUUCGGAGAUGAAGCCCGAUCAAGCUAGAUUGCUAGGAUCAACGAGCGACUUGUGAUUUACCUUGACAUAAACCAAGCCCCUGGCUGACAGGAGAGCGCCGACUGUUCUUUAGAGUGUUUACCGCUUAUGUCUUACCUCAAUCUCCCAUAAAAGCUCGUGGGUACACAUUGUUUUGACAACGGAAGGUUCAGUUUAUUCGCGUGGUCCUACCUCAACUGCUAUUUUCUUUUUGCUACAAUCUCAAAAUGAGGGGUCGUUGGGCAAUUUCUGUGCUGGCAGCUUCAUGCUUUGAUACCGGCCAGGCAACUCAUUACAACUCUCAUGCAUAUCUUCAUGCCGCAGUGCAUCACUCGGUGCGCCGCAUUGCUGAUUCGGAUCCGACGACUGGGGAAGUUUCCAUGUUUCAGAAUGGAUCUCUCGCAUCCCUAGGUCUGACGACUACUUGUGAGGAAGCCCUGUAUCAAAGUGUCGCAUGUGAUCCAGCCAUAUCAUCUCUCACUUCUGACGACUAUCUGGGUAGCUUUGACAACGCUACUCUGACGGCCUUGGUUUGUGCUUCGAGCUGUGAGAAAUCGAUCAAGCAACUCCAAUCCUCUGUGUUGACAGGCUGUGGAGAUGAAGCAGGCCUAAUUCCUGGUCUGCCAUUUGUCGGACUGGUGGAUAUGCUCUGGGCCAACUGGAAUCAGUCCUGCUUCAUGGACCCGACCACGGGAGAGAACUGUAAUGACCAAAUUGCAUCUUUCGAUAACGUCACGUCACUAAGUGAUAUCUCAAACUCGGACCUGUGUUCCUAUUGCUAUGUGAAGAAGCUGGCACUAAUGCAGGCAAACGGCUAUUCAGGCGUCUACAAUGAUGACUGGCAAUCAACGUAUGAAUAUGUGGCCAAGACCUGUAACCUUCAGGUGGCCGACUUCGAUCCCACCCCAAGUGUGUUCAACGUGAGCCUGCCAUCAGAACAGCCUAAUUGUGUGUCUGGUAGCUUCUAUACCUCUCAAGAGGGCGACUCAUGUGACUCGAUUGCUUUGUCUCACAACGUCUCUGCUGCUACAAUGUACUAUACCAACUCCAACCUCCUGAACUGCACUGAUGUUCCGGCCGGUACUCAAUUAUGUCUGCCGCUGGAAUGCGGUAGCACGUACACUGUCCAGCCAAACGACACUUGUACAAGCAUCGCCAUUGAAAACUUUGUCGGUACGCAGAAUAUCGUGGCUUGGAACUCACAAUUGAAUUCGAAUUGCAGCAACCUUCAUUCCGGCGAUCCAUUCUGGGGCUCGAUGCUAUGUGUGUCACCCCCAGGAGGUACUUAUACCGGUCAGCCCUUGAGCAACGGCUCAACUUCAACGGAAACAGAGGCUGUGAAUCCUCCCUUUGGAGUGACAGUGGCCCCAGGAACCACUACUGAUUGUGCGGGCUGGUACACGCACGACCUCAAUUCAAAUCUUACAUGUACAGAGAUCUGUCUUUCAAAUCAAAUCUCUAUUCAUAUGUUUAUUGCUGCCAACCCUUCGCUCAACCAAAGCACCUGUGACACCAAUCUAACUGUCGGCGAUGCAUAUUGUAUUGACCCUUUGACCGGGUUCACCACUACCAAUGCCACGGGCACCGCGACGAACUCCUCAACGUCCACCCUUCCGUCGACAGCCCCAGCACCAACCCAGACUGGGAUUGUCUCAAGCUCGGUGAGCACCUCAGCUACAUCGGUUGUAGCCCCGGCCCCCACCCAGGCUGGAAUUCCUUCCAACUGUGAUCAGUACUAUGUUGUCCAGUCGGGCGAUACCUGCGCGACUGUAGCAGCCGCAUACGGCAUCACGGAGGCUGAAUUCUUCGCCUGGAACCCUGCUGUCUCAUCUGACUGUGAGAGUGGGUUCUGGACUGAAGAGGCGUACUGCGUAGGUGUGUCCGGCAGUACGGUCUCGACCACGGCAAGCACUUCGGCCACAUCCAUAGCAGCUCCGGCCCCUACCCAGACUGGAAUACCCGGCAACUGCAAUGCAUACCAUGUUGCACAAGGUGAGGAGAUUCCCGAGCCUUCCCAUCUCGUUGUUUCAUGUUCUGAAUGA